CGCGCCGCAAGAUGGCGGGGGAUGCAGCGGAGGUGUUCCGCUGCCCUCUGUGCCGCCGCAGCGCCUUCGUCGGCCGCAGAGGCCACCUGUACAGCGCGGGGCACCAGCGGCGGCUGCGCGCGGCUCUAGCCCGGCUAGGCGAGAAGGUGGCGGCGGCGCGGGAGGCGGCGCGGCGGGUGGUAGUGCUGCCUUUCCAGGCCGGCGAGCACGAGCGGCGCGUGUGGUGCCUGUGCUGCGCGCGGGAGGUCCGGCGCCACCUGAGCCGCGGCGCGCGGACGGUGCUGCAUGGCGGCCUCCUGCAGCACCUGGCCAGCCCGGAGCACGGCAAAGCCGUGGCCGCGUUCUGGAGGAAAAACAGAGCCGACCCCAAGCUGAAGCCCGACUUCCUGCUGUCCUCGGCCGAGUUCCAGCGCUUCCAGGAGUCUCUCUCCAAAGCCCUGGAUGCUUACGAAGUGAAGGAAGACACGGCCAUUCAGGAGGCUGCAACUCGCAUCCGAGAAGCAGAACAGAAGAGACAGGAGAUGGUACGGGCCGUCUUAGAGCCGCAGAGAACAAGUAUGCUAGGUGAUGGAACCUCUGCUGUCAACAUCUUUACAGGGAAUUUAAGUGAUUCUCCUUUUGCUAUGGAAGAGCAGGGACAGCCUGGGCCAAGCAGGAGCACCACAUUUCUUAGGGAAGAGCCUGUUUGUGCCAGCAGAACUGUACCUGAGCUAUACUACCUGGAAACAGGGCAGCCCUUAACCUUCAUUGGCCACCAGGAAACUGGAGGGGAGGGCAACAUUCACACAGGAGCAAAACCCCCCUGGCUGAUGAGCGAAGAGGAGGGUGAAAGGCAGAUUGGGCCCUCCUAUGAAGAAUUUCUUAAGGAAAAACAGAAACAGAAACUGAAAAAGCUCCCGCCCAACCGUGUUGGGGCCAACUUUGACCACUCCUCUCAGACAGGAGAUGGCUGGCUUCCCUCCUUUGGGCGUGUCUGGAAUCAUGGUAGGAGAUGGCAAUCCAGACAUCAGUUCAAAGCUGAAUCUGGAAAUAAGCAGCCUGGUCCUAAAAGGAAAAGGCCUUGAAUUAACUGAAAGGCCUGCAUCCCCAAGAGAACUUGGCAGAAUUCACAUCACAUCGAUUGAAAGAGAGCAUGGAGAUCUCACAGAGCAACUCCCUGCAGAGGCCCAGCUGCUGCAGUAGAAGGAAGACUCUUCUGUGAUGAAACGGAGCUGUACAGUUUGGUAUACAGCAUUUUUAUGUCCCUUGUUAAGGAUGUAAGAUUUGUAUUAAAACUAUACUCAUUAAAGACAAACUGAUAAAGGUGGUAAUUGUAUAUGCAUUUUGCUAAAAACUAUGGUUGCCAAUAAAUGUACCACCACCACAAAAUAUUAAAGGCAAGGUGCAUUUGUGUAAGAUCCACAAAGCAAAUGUGAGAUUGCAGAAGAUACUACCAUAAAAUUUAGGAGCUUAUCUAAGGCUUUCUGUAUAUCCUUUCCUUUCCUUAUGCAAGUUGCUUCAAGCUUAUUUAUCAA